AUGGGCUCAAACGCAAAGACCGUUAUCGCAACAGGUGCCUCAUCAGGCUUGGGCUUCGAAUCCGUCAAGCAGCUGCUUGAACAGUCCGAGCCAUACCAUUUCAUCCUCGGCGCGCGAGACACCAAGAGAACACAAGCUGCGUAUGACGCGCUCGGCUUCGAUUCUACCAAGCACUCUGUUCACAUUCUGCCACUUGACCUGAAGGAUUUGCGUAGUGUGCAGGUUUUCGUUCAGAAGGCUCUUGCUCAGCUGGAUCGGCACAAGAUUGAUUAUCUAUUCUUGGCUGCUGGUACACUUGACAAUGCUAAGGGUCCUGGCCCGAAUGGAUCGCAAUGGUGUGAUGGGUUUGUCGUCAACCAUCUUUCCCAGCAUUAUCUGGUCCACUUGAUCCGUGAGACUUUGAUCGCCUCUCAAACGCGAAUUGUCAUCGUUUCCUCUGGGGCCAUCCGGAAUGUUCGCGGACAGGAUCCAAAAACACUGGAUGUCGACCUCAAGGCAAACUCCGGCGCCGGUAAUAGAGUAGUAUACAGCGCGUCCAAGUUUACCCAGUUGUUGGGCGCUCACUACUGGCGUCGUCAUCUACCGGAGUGUACCAUCGUCGCCGUAUCCCCCGGUCUCGUGCCCAGCACGAAGCUCGCCACGGACUUCGGUCUGAGUAUGGACAUGCCCGAUGCUAAGACGAUUCCUGAAGGUGCUCGGAGCCUUCUUGAUGCUUUCACCCGCAAUGAUAUCCCUGUAGACCCGGAGCAGAUUUUCCUCACUAGCUGGGGUGAAUGGUGGCCCAAGGAUGUGUAUGCUAUGAGCCUGGAUAUCAAUCUACAGAAUAAGUGGUGCUUGGGUAGAGAAGAGAUUGAGAAGGCCGAAGGUCUUGCUGGGGAAUCCUGA